AUGGGCCGUGGGAUCUUCAGAGGCCCAAAACAAAGAGAAGAGUUAGAAAACCGAACGCCGAGUGCGGCGGCCGGCUGUCGGCGAAGUUCAGUGAAAGUAGAGCUUGGGAAGGCAGCCGCAGCAAUGGAGGCUCAACCCACCAACGGCAGGGAGAAGAAAGUCAAACGGAAAGAGGUUCGGGAAAGGAAGAAGAAAAUCGAUAAUUUGAUACAAGCAACUUCUUCCGAGCCGACCAUCUCUCUUAUUUCCCUCCCUUCCGACGUUUCGACAGAAAUGGAUUGUAAUCUCCUCAAAGUGAACAUGGAGGAUCCAUUUGGGGAAGAAUGGCCAGAGGAAGAGAAAGUUAAGCGCAGAGAAAUGGUGUCUCUAGAAGCACGUUACAUCUUCGUUAAGGAGGGAUCCCUUGAUAAUGAUAGUGGUAAAGCUGCUGUCUUUGUAGGAUUUGUUCACUUCAGGUUUACUCUGGAGGAUGAUAUACCUGUUCUUUAUGUUUACGAGAUUCAGCUACAGUCUCGUUCGUGUCCAAGGCAAAGGCUUGGGCAAGUUCUUAAUGCAACUCGCUCAUUGCUCGUAAGAGUUGUAUGA